AUGUCCGAAGCACAUUUCAAAGCCAUUCGCGAGCCAAAUUUUCUCAACAUGCUAGCGAGUGAGAAAACGUCAUGGCACUUUAUACCUCCCGCCGCGCCGCACUUCGGCGGCUUGUGGGAAGCCGGAGUUUGGAGCGUCAAACACCAUUUAAAACGCUGUAUCGAUACCCAUACUUUGACGUACGAGGAAUUAACGAUCGUCCUCUGCCGAAUCGAAGCGUGUCUAAAUUUGCGGCCAAUCGCCGCCAUCUCCGAAAAUAUUGACGAUGCGCUGACCCCAGGGCAUUUCCUUGUCGGAAUUCCUCUGAUAGCGUUGCGCGAACCAAGUCUCUUCGACUACAACGAGAACCGCCUAUCGCGCUGGCAAUUAACGCGACAGAUCACCGAAGCAACGCCCGAAGUGGCGCGUCGCGCAACGUCUGGCCAAUUGGUACUUGUGCGCAAUCCGUUAGCGCCCCCGAGUCAUUGGGAGCUUGAACGGAUCCGGAAAUGCCAUUAUGGCAGCGAUGGUUUAACUCGCGUCGUAACAGUGCAAACCAGUCGCUCAGAAUACACGCGAUCCAUAGCUAAAAUCUGCUUCCUACGGGUCGAUAUAAACCAAGAGGUCGAAGCGUCGCCCGCCACGGCAGGCUGA